AUGAUAUUGGUGGACGAUCGCCUGCGAGUUUGCGAUCUCAGUUCUGGUGCUCCACACAGACCCACCGUGAGUGACUCGAGUCCACUUCACUCUAGCUCACCUUCAAGAUCACUUCCCAUCAGCGGUUUGGCUGUCGAUAGUGAUGGUUAUACGCUGCCACAAGAACCCAGUGAAAUUUUGACACCAGUUAUCAAUAGGCUAAUGAGCCCUCAGGCUUCCCCCAAAGUGCCUAGCAAUUUUGAGUGGCAUACAACCACGGCUAAUAGACGUACAAGAGUCGACUCACAUGAGAACUUUGAUUUGGGCCAUUUUAUCCAGUGGGAUCGAUAUAGGCAGUCGAGUGACACCCUCCCAAGCAUUGAUCGAUCAAACUCCAUAAGAAGCCAUGCAAGUUUGAAAAGGACAGAUUUUACCAGUAAAACGGAAUUGAACCAACAAAGGAAAAAAAGAGGUUUUAUCUUUCACAGAGGUUUCUUUAAGAGACGUUCCAGCUACAAACGAUUGCGCACGAGUGCCAAAAAUACAAGGAAUAGAGCUGGGCUGAAUGCAGUCCUGAGUUAUGCUGAUCUGCAGUCAUUUGAUCCAGUAGAUAUCAUAUCCUCUAAGAAGGUCGUACUAUAUCGACCUAAUAAUAUCACAAGACGUUAUCCAGGCAUUAGCGCUGCAUUUGAAGUUCCAGUCCAACAUUAUGUGAGAAGCAAACUUCCGAAAAGACAGACGACGAUACCCAGAAAUUCGCAGAUAGGAAGAUCCAACACUUGCCCCUCGUCACUACGAAGUAGGAGGCGAAGACAGAACGCCCCGGAAUCUGGAGCAAUCCACGACUUAUGGAGAGAAUAUUUGUCACUUGUAAUAGCUCAGAGAAUCCAGUUAAGACUAUCCCUGGCACAGACAGACUUAGCCGCAGGUAAUAAUGACAUAUCAAUAGGGAAUCUCAGGCAUAAAACUUCUACCAAGUCGUCAUUGAGAAGCGUAGACACAAGAUUGUCAUCUUUGCGAAAAUGCAGCUGA